UUGAGGCUACAGUGAGCUAUAAUGGAGCCACCAGCCUGGGCAACAACAGAGCGAGACCGUCUCAAAACAAAAAACAAAAAACUCAAAAAAAACAGCCUCACAUGAUCCAGGCGCCCAGAGGCUGUGGGUGCUGCAGCCUUAAUUAUUAUUAUGACCACCUUCGGCAGGGCGUCUGGUACACAGUGAGUGCUGAGCCCCCCGGGCCGCGGUUUCUCCACCCUAAUGGUGGACAGGUAGGAACAGCCUUUUGGAAGACGGGCUAACCUUGGCCAGGCACCUGCAAACAUGCCCAGGCUGGGGCGUGUGAGCCGGAGAGCGCGCAGCGGAAACGGGGCGGGGCACCUGAGUCUGGGAAUGCAGAGGAGCCUUCCGGGGGGCGGGGCGGGGCCUCCAGUGCAGACCAAUGAUGGACUAGAUGCAGAUGUCAAAACGCGCGCUCAAGUGGCUCCCGCCAGGAAUCCUGGCGCUUACGGAGGCGGAGGGAGGAUCGCUUGAGGCCAGGAGUUUGAGACCAGCCUGGGCAAACAAGCGAGACCCUCGUCUGUUUACUUAAAUAAAACCAAAAAAACGAGCACCGAGGGAAAAAGGAGUGAAUCCUAGCGCUAGCAGCAGCCUGCGGUAGGCGCCCUUCCGGGAGAGGCUACACCGCCCGACCCCCCAGAGGCGGAACCGCCCGCAUUGCCGCGUGGCCCUGGGCGCCGCCACCUCCCCCGCAGCGGGGCAAUUUUGCCGGACCUGGGGGGAGGAGGGCCACGCCGAGAUGACUCAAGUUCAGCGCGGGAAGGGAGGAUGGCUACUUCACCCGGCCUCUAACACGUACGCAUCUUUCCGCGUCUUCUACAAUGGCUAUGUUAAUUACGUGGCCAGGAACUAAACUAUCAAUGAAGCCACCUCUGGCUACUUCAGUUACAGUGAGUUUAACAGGAGCAAAAAAGCACGUGGCGCCCUAAGGCAACCAAAACGAGGGUUUUAGACGUUGAUUAUGGGAAAUUGAAAUCUGAGUAUGAGAUGACACCAAUAAAUUAUAAUUUUGUUAGAUAAUAGCUUUAUCAGCCAUAAAGUAAUCAAUAAAAAUACCAAUUUCCUGGAGAUGGAUGCUUUAGUGUGUUUGGGGUGAAAACGGCAAUGAAUGGCGAGUUGCUUUAAACAAAUCAUGCUACACCAAAGUUUUAGUUGUGGCUUUGUGUAAGGAAUGUGAUGGUCACUUAUUCUUGCAACACGAGAAUCCUUUGAUUACAAGUCUGUAGUACUUUUAAGAAAUGAGAGAAACAGACCUAGGUGGGGAGGGUACCUGUCCCACCCCACCCUCUUUAAAGUAUCUUAUCUAGAAAAGGCUUUGUGAAAAAAAAGUCCCGAGUCUCUCAAUAACAGCCCUGAGUGCAGCUGUUGAAGCUUUCUCAUGUUAAUGACUUUUUUCUUGGAUCUUAAAGUUGCUUUCUCUUCCUUUAUUUUUGGCAUUUUGCCCGUUGCAGGGCCUGGCAAAUCAAAGCCACAUAGAAAAUUAAAUGAAAGCUGUUGCUAAGUUCCAGUCUCUACUCCAGUGGAGUUUUCUAACUCUUCUUCAGCAUAUUUGAUGCCCAAUGAGUAGUACAUUAAUUCCUAGUUCUAAAAUCAUUCUGUGAACUUUCUCCCAGGAAUUUUUGCUCAGUUUGCAAUUAAAACAACUUUUUUUCUUCUCUUUUUAAUGGCAGGGGCUGGGUCUUACUGUGUUGCCCAGGCUGGUCUCCAGCUCCUGGCCUCAAACAAUCCUCCUGCCUCGGCCUCCCAAAGUGCUGGGAUUACAGGCAUGAGCCACCGCUCCCAGCCACAGUUUGCAAUUCUUAAGGCAAGGGUGAGAAUAGGGGACAGGGGUCUGACAGGAGACAGGAUUUCUGUGGAAAACUGCACCAAGAGCCUUCUCUCCGUGUCCUGUAGUUUGAAGGUUUACAAAGGACUGCACAUUUUACAUGAGUCAUCUCAACGAACGCUCUCCUCACCGCAUUAACACCCCACGCGGUUAGGAGUCCCAUUUUACUCACGGGGACACCGAAUCUGUAAGAAGCCCGGUCGCUUGUCCCAGUCACAGCAAAACGAGCCGCGUGGCUCAGCGGCCCUAACUUUUAGGCUGUAGGGUCCUCGCCGACCACUCCGCCAAAAUGUCAGGCCUCGGGGCCCUUGCACCCCCACCGCAGGGACACGGAUCGAAAGGGUCGCAGCAACGCCUCCCCCACACCCAGGAGCGUUUUCCAGGCCUUUGCACCAACCUCGUUGGCUAAGCCCCCUGCCUGGCGGCGGCCCGGCCGGGAGGAGGUGCUUUCGGGAGGCGGGGCCGCGGCCCGGGGAUCCUCUCGAGCCCGCGGGCUCCAAUCGCUGCGCCUCACGCAAUCCUAAACGGUUCCCGGGCGAACUGGGGCCCGCGCGCGCCAAGGCCCUCGAGACCCUCAGGGGCUGCGGCCCUGGUCCCAUGGGACCUGUGGGGGCCCGGGCGGCGGCGCCCCCGACCCAGCCAGCGGACGGGGCGGGGUGGGGGAACUGGGAGGUCUCGGGGGACGUCCACGGGGGUGUCCCCGGGGGUCUCCGGAAGGCGCCGGCGGAGGCUCCCGCGCUGCGCUUGAAAAUCGCGCGCGGCCCCGCGGCCAGCCUGGGUAGGGACAAGGCGCAGCCAAUGGGAAGGGCCGGGGCAUGGCACAGCCAAUGGGAAGGGCCGGGGCAUGGCACAGCCAAUGGGAAGGGCCGGGAGCGCGCGGCGCGGGAGAUUUAAAGGCUGCUGGAGUGAGGGGUCGCCCGUGCACCCCGUCCCAGCCGUCCUGUCCUGGUCUUUCGCUCUGCUUCGCUGCGCCGUCACUAUGCUCUCCGUCCGCGUCCCGCUCGCGCCCAUCACGGACCCGCAGCAGCUGCAGCUCUCGCCGCUGAAGGGGCUCAGCUUGGUCGACAAGGAGAACACGCCGCCGGCCCUGAGCGGGUCCCGCGUCCUGGCCAGCAAGACCGCGAGGAGGAUCUUCCAGGAGCCCGCGGAGCCGAAAACUAAAGCAGCUGCCCCCGGCGUGGAGGAUGAGCCGCUGCUGAGAGAAAACCCCCGCCGCUUUGUCAUCUUCCCCAUCGAGUACCAUGAUAUCUGGCAGAUGUAUAAGAAGGCGGAGGCUUCCUUCUGGACCGCCGAGGAGGUGGACCUGUCCAAGGACAUUCAGCAUUGGGAAUCCCUGAAGCCCGAGGAGAGAUAUUUUAUAUCCCAUGUUCUGGCUUUCUUUGCAGCAAGCGAUGGCAUAGUAAAUGAAAACUUGGUGGAGCGAUUUAGCCAAGAAGUUCAGAUUACAGAAGCCCGCUGUUUCUAUGGCUUCCAAAUUGCCAUGGAAAACAUACAUUCUGAAAUGUAUAGUCUUCUUAUUGACACUUACAUAAAAGAUCCCAAAGAAAGGGAAUUUCUCUUCAAUGCCAUUGAAACGAUGCCUUGUGUCAAGAAGAAGGCAGACUGGGCCUUGCGCUGGAUUGGGGACAAAGAGGCUACCUAUGGUGAACGUGUUGUAGCCUUUGCUGCAGUGGAAGGCAUCUUCUUUUCUGGUUCUUUUGCAUCGAUAUUCUGGCUCAAGAAACGAGGACUGAUGCCUGGCCUCACAUUUUCCAAUGAACUUAUUAGCAGAGAUGAGGGUUUACACUGUGAUUUUGCUUGCCUGAUGUUCAAACACCUGGUACACAAACCGUCGGAGGAGAGAGUAAGAGAAAUAAUUAUCAAUGCUGUUCGGAUAGAACAGGAGUUCCUCACUGAGGCCUUGCCUGUGAAGCUCAUUGGGAUGAAUUGCAUUCUAAUGAAGCAAUACAUUGAGUUUGUGGCAGACAGACUUAUGCUGGAACUGGGUUUUGGCAAGGUUUUCAGAGUAGAGAACCCAUUUGACUUUAUGGAGAAUAUUUCACUGGAAGGAAAGACUAACUUCUUUGAGAAGAGAGUAGGCGAGUAUCAGAGGAUGGGAGUGAUGUCAAGUCCAACAGAGAAUUCUUUUACCUUGGAUGCUGACUUCUAAAUGAACUGAAGAUAUGCCCUUAUUUGGCUGAUUUUUUUUUCCAUCUCAUAAGAAAAAUCAGCUGAAGUGUUACCAACUAGCCACACCAUGAAUUGUCCAUAAUGUUCAUUAACCAGCAUCUUUAAAACUGUGUAGCUACCUCACAACCAGUCCUGUCUAUUUAUAGUGCUGGUAGUAUCACCUUUUGCCAGAAGGCCUGGCUGGCUGUGACUUACCAUAGCAGUGACAAUGGCAGUCUUGGCUUUAAAGUGAGGGGUGACCCUUUAGUGAGCUUGGCACAGCAGGAGUAAACAGUCCUUUAACCAGCACAGGCAGUUGAAAGAUGCAGCCUCACUGCUUCAAUGCAGAUUUUAAUGUUUACUUAAAUAUAAAACUGGCACUUUACAAACAAAUAAACAUUGUUUGUACUCACAAGGCGAUAAUAGCUUGAUUUAUUUGGUUUCUACACCAAAUACAAAGCAUUCUCCUGACCACUAAUGGGAGCCAAUUCAUAAUUCACUAAGUGACUAAAGUAAGUUAAACUUGUGUAGACUAAGCAUGCGAUUUGUAAGUUUUAUUUUAAUGAAUUAAAAUAUUCGUUAACCAACUUUAAAGUCAGUCCUGUGUGUAGCUAGAUAUUAGUCAGUUGGUGCCAGAUAGGAGACAGGUUGUGUUUUUAUCCUGUGACUUGGGUAGUGUCCUGGGAUUCUCUGCCCCCUCUGAGUAGUGUUGUGGGAUAAAUGAAUCUCUCAGCGCAAGGAGCUUCUUAAGUUAAAUCACUAGAAAUUUAGGGGUGAUCUGGGCCUUCGUAUGUGUGAGAAGCCGUUUCAUUUUAUUUCUCACUGUAUUUUCCUCAACUUCUAGUUGAAAAGAAAAAAUUCUUGAAGAGUUUUCAUAUGUGGGAGCUAAGGUAGUAUUGUAAAAUUUCAAGUCAUCCUUAAGCAAAAUGACCCACCUAGGAUCUUGCCCCUGUUAAGUGGUGAAAUCAACUAGAGGUGGUUCUUACAAGUUGUUUAUUCUAGUUUUGUUUGUGUGUAAGUAGGUUGUGUGAGUUAAUUCAUUUAUAUUUACUAUGUCUUUUAAAUCAGAAAUUUUUUAUUAUCUAUGUUCUUUUAGAUUUUACCUGUAGUUCAUACUUUAAUCACCCAAUGUCUUAUUCUAGCAUUGUCUAAAUCUGAGCAUUAUCUAGGGGAAUCUUAAACUUCAGUAGGAAACCAUGAGCUAUUAAUACAGUUUCCAUUCAAAUAUUAAUUUCAGAAGGAAACAUAAUUUUUUUUUUUUUUUUUUGAGACGGAGUCUCGCUCUGUUGCCCAGGCUGGAGUGCAGUGGUGCGAUUUCGGCUCACUGCAACCUCCACCUCCUGAGUUCAAGCAAUUCUGUCUCAGCCUCCCUAGUAGCUGGAACUGCAGGUAUGUGCCACCACACCUGGCUAAUUUUUGUAUUUUUAGUAGAGAUGGAGUUUCACCAUAUUGGUCAGGCUGGUCUUGAACUCCUGACCUCAGGUGAUCCACCCACCUCGGCCUCCCAAAGUGCUGGAUUACAGGCGUGAUAAACAAAUAUUCUUAAUAGGGCUAUUUUGAAUUAAUCUGCCUUUAUGUUUGGGAGAAGAAAGCUGAGACUGCAUGAAAGACGAUGAGAGAUAAAUGUUGAUCCUUUUGGCCCCAUUUGUUAAUUGUAUUCACCAUUUGAACAUUGUCCUGUUCUAUUGUUAGUUUUCUUCAUCAUUUAUUGUAUAGACAAUUUUUAAAUCUCUGUAAUAUGAUACAUUUUCCUAUCUUUUAAGUUAUUGUUACCUUAAAGUUAAUCCAGAUUAUAUGGUCCUUAUACUUGUACAACAUUAAAAUGAAAGGCUUUGUCUUGCAUCGUGAGGUACAGGCGGAAGCUGGAAUCAGGUUUUAGGAUUCUGUCUCUCAUUAGCUGAAUAACGUGAGGAUUAACUUCUGCCAACUCAGACCAUUUCCUAAUCAGUUGAAAGGGAAACAAGUAUUUCAGUCUCAAAAUUGAAUAAUGCACAAGUGUUAAGUGAUUAAAAUAAAACUGUUCUUAUGUCA